AUGGAUGGGUUUGUGUAUUUAUUCUUCACAGUGAAGCCUGAGACAGUCACUAAAGAGCCUGCGCAUAAGCCCAACAAUCAGAGAAGCAGAGCUGUACGAAGCAGCAAUGGUCAGUUCAUGUUUUAUCCAGCGGCUGCAUCUCUCCCUAUUACCUGCGGCGGUGGUGGUGGUGGAGGAUGUGGUGGCGGCGGCGGACAUCACGGUGGUGGUGGCGGACAUCACAGUGGUGGUGGCGGACAUCACGGUGGUGGUGGAGGAGGAUGUGGUGGCGGUGGUGGUGGUGGUGACGGUGGCGGCAGAGGAGGCGGAUGUGGUGGCGGCGGAUGA